GAGGGACUGAUGGGGUUUUCCGCUGAUUCCUGCACAAGUGUCAGAAGAUGGCGCCUAUAUAAACCAUGCAGAGGGAAAACCACCUCAGGAUCACCACGAGACCUGAAGCGUCCCACUGAUCUCAUUUCUUCCAUCAUGGAGGGUGCUAUCGAUGUUCUGGUCUGCCAGUUCAAGACAUUUGCCGGAUCCUCCAACACGUUGAGCCAAGAGGAGUUCCAGAAGCUGGUCGCCAUGCAGCUGCCCAACUAUGUUAAGACCACCGGCUGUUCCGCGGAGAUUGACCAGCUGAUGCGUUCUGUGGAUGCCGACAAAGACGGCGAGCUCACGUUCUUGGAGUUCUGGCAGCUGAUUGGCGCUGUGGCGAAUAAACAGGGUGGGUUUGGGCAGUAGGGCUUGCAUCCUUGUUGCAGCCACAGGCGUAACCCCUGAGCCACUGUUGCAUGCUGGGAAACCCAAUAAUAAAACAGGCGUUAUUGUCUCUGGCACUCUGACCCAGACUCCUGUCAU